UUAGGUCAGUCGUGUUCAGGCAUUGUGGGAGACAGCUAAGUUUCCGGAAGAGCAACUGGUGCUGCUUUAAUGGACAAGGAAGCGAUAUUUUUUGUUUAGGUUUAGUCUCGUCACCGUACGAACUUUUUUCUCUGGCUAAUAGGUUUUGUUUCCUUUUCAAGCCGCUAAAAUGCCCCUUUUCGCCCAGAAUCCGUUUGACCAAGAUGUCGAGAAGGCAACCAAUGAAAACAACACAACAGAUGACUGGGGGCUAAUUAUGGACAUCUGCGAUAAGAUUGGAACAACGGCCAAUGGACCAAAAGACAGCUUAAAAUCCAUAAUGAAGAGAGUCAACCACAAAGUGCCUCAUGUUGCCAUGCAAGCCCUCAAUUUGCUCGGCGCUUGUGUUUCAAACUGUGGCAAAAUAUUUCAUUUGGAGAUUUGCUCAAGAGAUUUUGCCAGUGAAGUGAGAUCUGUAUUAAGCAGAGCCCAUCCUAAAGUGUGUGAAAAGCUGAAGGCUUUGAUGGUAGAGUGGGCAGAGGACUUCCAGAAGGAUCCACAGCUCAGCCUGAUUAGUGCUACUAUAAAGUCUCUCAAAGAGGAAGGCAUCACCUUUCCUGCUGCAUCAUCACAGGGGUCCACCACAAAGGUCAGCACACCUGCUGUCAGCAAACCAGCAGAUGACGAUGACCUCGCCAAAGCCAUCGAGCUGUCCCUGCAAGAGCAGAAACAACAAGCAGAGACACGACCUCUGACCUCUGACCCCCCAAGCUACUCUAAUGGUGGUGGAGGGCAGGAGGUCCGGAAGGUUAGAGCACUUUACGACUUCGAAGCAGCUGAAGAUAACGAACUGACCUUCAAAGCUGGAGAGCUCAUUAUAAUUUUGGAUGACAGUGAUCCAAACUGGUGGAAAGGGGAGAACCACAAAGGAGUCGGUCUGUUCCCAUCAAACUUUGUCUCAACCAAUCUAAAUGCUGAGCCAGAGCCAGUUGCUUUUGUUGAAAAUACAGUCGUUCCCGAGGAACCGAAUCAUGAAGUCAAAGUCGAGCCGGAGCCUGUUUAUAUUGAUGAGUUGAAGAUGGACAGAACCCUGGCACUGCUACAGAAUGUAGAUCCAGCUGAUCCCACUCCUGACUCUGCAGAGCUGCUCCAGUUGGAAGCUGCAUGUGAACAGAUGAACCCUCUGAUCGAUGAGAAGCUCCAAGGCAUUGACAGGAGUCAUUCAGAGCUGUCAGAACUAAAUGUAAAAGUUCUGGAAGCUCUGGAACUUUACAACAAGCUCAUGAAUGAAGCUCCUUUCUAUUCGGCCUACCCCAAGAUGCAGACGCAGUACGCUUCAGCUGGCUCCUCUAUGUCCAUGCAGGGUUACAUUGGACCCCCUGGUGCCCCCUACAUGGCUCCAGGAAUGCAGCAGCCCCCUCCUGCACAACCCUACAGUGUACCCAGUGACCAGCCUGGACCUCUACAUUCCUUGCCCCCCAACAUAUCGGCUCCACCCAACUGCCAAGCUGUUCAGCCCAUGUACAUGAGUGGGAUGAAUUCUCAGUACAUGAACCAAGCUCCCUAUGCACCCCAUGCAGGCGUAGCCAUGGAUAUGUCAGCCUACCAAAACUCUAAUAUGCCUCCAGUGAACCAUCCUGUCGUGGGGCCUCCUCACCAGGUCCCCCAGCAGCAGCAGGCCACAUAUUAUCAACAACCCCUGCUGUAAACCUCUGACCGCCAUUCUUCCUUCAUCUAUAUCACCAGCUGGGGGUUUGGUCUUGAGAGUUUGUAUGAUAUUGUUAGCUUUUUGGUUGUUUUCCUUUGGCCUUAUUUCUCUGUCAAGCUGGACAAACCACAAUGCUGAACUUUUAUCAUCCACGUUUGUGUGUAACACUAGUCUGCUGUGUGUUAGAGAUGGACCUGGAUGUAAGACUUUAACCUGAUUCCAGGCGUUUUCUCCUGUCAUUCAAAUUGAUCAUCUUUAGCAUUCUUAAUUUUUGCAUUGCUAUGUCAUUUCUAAAUUUACUUUAAAGGAAUUCAUAAUUUGACUAUUUCAUACUUUCAUUUUCUUCCCUACUGUCAUUCAGAAGAAUUACCAUAUCAACUACUGUCUAUAGUCCUUUCAGUCCUGCAGGUCAUCAGCCAGUCACAUAUGUAGAAAGGUACAGUUAGCAUGAACGACAUGCAGAGGAAACCGCAUUGCUGAGGAUCGGUCAAUACCAAGACUUGAGAACAUUUUUUUUUUUUUUUUUUGCAUAUUGAUUGAUCAAAUUCCCCUCAUUUCCCAUGAGCGAUCUACAAGUUUCAUGACUUGAUUCUACAUCCAAGUUCAAUCUAAAAAGUACUGCAAGCAAAAUAAAUUCCUAUUGUUCUAACUCUCUGGUGACCUUAAUUGCUCUGAAAUGCAGUGCCAGCUCCUCACCUCUAUUUAUUGUGUGGAUCAAAGAUACUACAUGAAUGUCAACAGUUCUACUAGUGAAAAUGGCUCAGAAAUAGUUUUCCAUCACUCACUGCUUUGCAUGUUGUAGUUUAAUUGAGAUAUAUUAAGCAAAGUGUGUAUGAGUGUGUAGGAAAUCUGUUUUUUUUUUUUUUUUUUUACAUUUGUAUGUAUUUGACCUUCCCAUCCCUGUUUCUUUGCUAUAAAGUAACAGGUCAUGUACAUUUUAGAGUAAAUGAUUAUCAGUUUUUGUGUCUGACCAAAUGCUGCAUCUUCAAUUGAUUAGUUCGUCUGAAUUCUUCUUUCUUUGUGUGUGGAAACUUUCAUUCAGUGGAAGCUGGUGAAUUCCACGUUUGUUUUAAGUCACCACACAUACAUGCAAAAUUUCAAAGAAUUAAAAAUUGGAAUUAUGUUAUUUUGAUUUAUAAUAUAUGUAUUUAAAGACAGAGAGAUCUAUAUACAUGCAUAGUUCCCAAAAGAUGAGACUUUGUAGUUUUUUUUUUUUUUCAAAAUGUAAACAAAUGUUUAGAAAUGUAUUAAAGACACAUAUGUUAGAAAACAAGCUGUUUUUAGGAUGGAAUAUUAAUGUAGAACUGGUGGAAUCUGUAGCUCGGCCAUUUACCAUUUUAGACAGAUUUGUUUAUAUAUAUUUGCUAUUAUCAUACUAAUUGAAGACAUUGUAUAUUAGAUGUAAAUUACUUGGAUUUGUUAUUGAUUAAAGUUGCAACUUGGCUUUGUUCACAGCAAUUUGCCAUUGAAUGCCUUUUUUUCUGUUUUUUUUUCAAUAGAAAUGCAAUGACUUAGACGUGACUUUGGCAAGCAACUUAUAUCUCUCCGUUCCUCAGACAUGUAUAAUGCUGUAUAUUUAAAAUAUUUCUGUAAAAAUUGUUUAAUCCAGUAUUUUAAAAAUACUUUUGUAAUGGAGCAAACUCACAAAUAUCCUUUGAAAUAAAAAUGAAAAAUAGAAUUUAAAAAA